CAUUUCUGCUCGUCGACCAUCACGGUGACGGCUGGUGCAUCUGAAAAAUACUUGAAUUGAGCUCGAUAGGCUUUCCAGGACAAUAGUCUUCUGUCAAUUAUUGACCCAUAUUAUACCUGACGAUGAGCUACCGCGGACGCCGUCGGUACAGAGACGACUAUGACCGACGCGAAAUCAUCGAGUCUCCCCAGCAGAAGCUCAAAUCCGCAAUUUUCAAGCUUGGAGAGGUGGAUCCGGUCGAGGAGCUGCCCCACCUAGAAAAGCAGAUUCGAGCACUUGUUCCCCCAGUCAUCUCCAGCCUAUCAGAGGCUUUUCGGAUAGCGGUGACGGAGCAGCCGUACAAAAUCCCUUACUAUGCUGCGUUGCUGCGACUCUUGCACGAACAGCCAGACGGAGAACCCCCCUUGGGACGUCAAAUUCUUGAAGAUAUAUGGAAAGGGUUCCAGACAUAUGUCGACCAGCUGGCAUGGAGAGAAACUCGGUUCUGCAUACAUUUCUUUGCCCACCUGACGCUAGCAAACUUGAUCUCGAUAGACUCACUCGUCGGCCUUCUUCAAUCCCUCACUGCCGUCCUCGACGAAUUCGGGGUCUCCCAUGGCCGAGCAAAGCGCGCUGCUUUGUGUGCUGCUGAGGGGCUGAUGAUUGCAGGCUCCGUCAUCAAGACCAACCACGCGUCCAAUGCCACUGAUAUCGUCAAUGCUAUCGCAGCAUUCAACGAAACUACAUCAAGCGCAAAAUGGAUCGUUCAUCCAACCACGUUUUUAUCUUCGGCAAGUAUCACUACCGAUAAUGCGGAUGAGCUUCUGGAUGUCCUACUAGCGUCUCUCGGAACUCUUGAAAAAUCUGGAUAUGCAGAAUCCUUGACCUCGUUUCCCCGUCCCUAUGCUGAUUUCCCAGCCCUUGAUCUGGAGUCAUUCACCCCCUUCGUUCUUCCCUCUGUUCUUGUUCCGCCAGAAGUUAUCGAAUUAGAGAACGAAAUGGGAGACGACGCACCCGUCAAAAAGGAAGAAUGGCCUGAAUACUAUAUCCGCUUGUUCGAAAACGAUGUGUCUCCUGACUUCAGUACACCCGAAGGAUACGCUGUUCGGAUGGACCUCGCAUCGAUACUCGACAUAUUCGAAGUCAAUCGGAAGGAGUGCGCGCGCAUCCUUCUCGAGUAUCCGAAAUGGAUGAUUCCAGGAACCUUCAAGCCGAAACCGGGCGCUCCCAUUGUUGAUAUCGAGCCUCUCCUAGGCAGAGGUUGGCAACUAGAGAGCACAGUCAUCGAGACUAUCCUUGGAGCUUUCUUUGUUCUGCCUGAAUCGUCACAAAAAUCCAUCUACUACAUGAGCGUCAUCACAGAACUAUGUAAACUGUCUCCUUCCACUGUGGGCCCCGCUGUAGGAAAGUCGAUCCGUAAACUGUAUGGGUAUCUAAGCGAUGGAUUGGACCUGGACAUUGCUCGACGGUUCUCUGAAUGGUUUGCCGUGCAUAUGAGUAACUUUGGCUUCCAAUGGGUGUGGAAGGAAUGGCUUCCUGAUCUUGGCUUGGUGAUUCAGAAUCCUCGGCGUGCGUUUAUGCGUCGUGCGUUGGAGUAUGAGAUUCGACUUGCCUAUUAUGAACGUAUCGCAAAGACGCUUCCAGAACCUAUGCAAGAUCCUGAGGCCUAUGUUCUGCCUAAACAAGCUCCAGGGCCUAAUUUUGAGUUCGACGAUCCUAUGAAUCCCCAUCACGACAAUGCACAAUCUGUCCUGAAUCUGUUUAGAGGGAGGGCAAAUGCAGAAGAUGUCAUCUCUCACCUCGACACGCUCAGAUCCUGCGUCGAGGCAUCAGAAGACGGUCAUAUCAAUACCGACUCGAUCGUUCGCUCCAUCGCCAUUCAAUCCCUGUUACAUAUCGGCUCCCGCUCUUUCUCCCAUCUUUUGAAUGCCAUAGAGCGCUACCUCCCCCUCCUCCGACACAUCGUCAACAGCGGUGCUGCCGGAAACGCAGAGGCCAAAACAGACGUUAUGAACGCCGUAGCCCGAUUCUGGAUGUACAACUCGCAGAUGGUGGUCAUAGUAUUUGACAAGCUGAUGCAGUACCAAAUCGUGGAUCCGACGGAUGUGGUGGCAUGGACGUUUGAGCAUGGGGUGACGGAUGAGGCGCUGGGCGUGCUCCAGUGGGAUUUGUUGAAGGGUGCGUUGGAUAAAGGGAAUGGGCGGGUCAGCAUCGCGAGGAAGAAGUUGGCUGUGCUGAGGAAGGAGGAUGAUGAUACACGGGCUAGGGCUAUUGCUGAGGAUGGUGCGGGCAUGGAGGUCGAUGCUGAAGCUAAAAAGAGUAAUGAAAUGCCGGAAAAUCUUGCGCUUACGAGCGCCGUUAAAGCAUUUUCGAUCUUGACGAAGGAGCAAAAAUCCGUAUUGUCACGUACAUUGGAGGGUUUCGUGUCCUACCUGGUUCCUUCGAACCCUGAGGUGAUCACGGAGAAGGGAUGGCAUAACAGGGCUAAUUGGGGCAGGGAAGAGUGGAAUGCGUGGGAGACGUGGGGAUGGUAUCGGCAUUUCUGUAGAGUGUACUCGCCGUAUUUGCGUACGUUCUCGACGACGCUGUCGACGGUGUCGUUUGCGAGAUUGGAAGGCUCUACGGACCCUGCGAUUGUGUUGGUGCAGAAGGUGUUUAAUGUGGCUGUUGGGCAAGAGUAGGUUUAUAUUGUCCGUUGCAUCCGUUUGAUGGAUUGAGAUAAUAUAUGAAUAUGAUAUUGGUUGCUAGUAUGUGC